UCAUAUAUAUAUAUAUAUAUAUAUAACCUAUACCGUAAUUUGCAUACAUACAUUUAUAAAAUAAAAUACACUGACAUAUCUCACAAGCAUGUAAAAGUUACGAGUUACUAUUCACGUUCACAGUUCACAGUUAAGUCUGUAAUGUGAAAUACGAGGUACGAGUAAUAGCGCAAGUGUCCAUCGGAUUAUAAUAUCGUAAACAAGACCGAAUGGAUUUAACCUCAUUGGGACAUUUGAUUGAUUUAAGUACAGUUUCAAUCGUUAAAAAUAUAUUGGAGUAGUAAAAAUUUUUUUACAACUACUACUACUAUUUCUACUUCUGAUAAAAAAAAAAAAUAAUAAAUAACAAUUGAAUGUCAUAUUUUAAGUACGCCAUUGCUAUUAGUUACUUAUUAAAUAGAUGAGUCUUCAAGACAGUCUUUUUGCAGAACAAGUCGAAUACGACGUGACAUUAUUCGCCAAAAAUACAACACACAAGAGAGUUAUCAUUUUCCCGCCAGUUAAUAAUUACCGGCGAUUUUUAAUUCACUCAAUAGUCCAAGAUAAUUUUAAAAACUUGAGUACAUUUUCCAUUGGACAGGGAUACGACAGACGAACUGUUGUUUGUUUCAAAUCUGAUUUAAUAAGAGAUUUAAAAUUGAAUGGUGUCCAAUCGAGUAACAAAACCGAGCCCAGAACUUGUAACUCUAACAUGGGAGUCGAAGGACCUCUAACGUCUAUUGAAAAUUCUAAACAAAAACCAGUUAAAUCAGCGCCAGCUGUGGAAAUUUAUCGACCCCCAGCUGCCAGAAGAUUGCAAACUCCCACUACCUCUUCAGAAACUUCAUCGCAAGCGAAGACGAAACAAAGGCGACCUGAUCGAGCUGUUUACGUACCGAAGCAACGGCGAAGCGUUGACGGGGACACGACCUCACAAAAUGAAAGUCCAGCUCAGCCAAAAAAUAAUUCACGUCGAUCCAAGGGGUCCGUGGACCCACAGCCUCUGGAGUCGAGUGAUGAAGGCUCGAGAAAUUCAGUCGAUGUAGAAAUUAAAAAUUAUGCUAAUGCGGAAACUCGAGAUAUUAUUUAUGAGCAAGUGACGGACUGUGUCGUAACAAACACAGAUGAUCUAGAUGUGGAAAAAGUACAAGUAGAAGUAGAAGUUGAGUCAGUAGUUAAUUCAAAUGGUGUAGGGCAUUGUAAGUCCGACGAGUGCAGCGAGCACUCAACGGACGUUUAUGUUGACAAAUUAAAUGUUAAAAGUGAUUUAGAUAAUCAGGAAUGUGUUAGUAAGACUAGAAAUUUAGUGUCUGAUGUUUUGAUAAUAUCGACAUGUGAUACCCAGAGUGCAAUUGUUAAUAAAAACGAGGAUGUUAAAGAAGAAAAUAAUAUUUUAUCAAAUGUUUCACCGCUGAGAUCACCGGAAAAGAAACCGAAGAAAGUUGCCAGGGCUAAGAGUAAACCGGCAUCUCCUCCAUCGCCUCAGGUUAAAAUAAACCGCGACGAGUGCGACUGGGACAGUCUUUUUGAUGACAAUGGCGAGUGUUUAGAUCCCACAUUAAUUGAAGAGUUGUCUGCAGCAGUUGGAGAAGUGACAAUAGAGCAGCCAAAAAACGACUACAAAGCAUUUAGCAGACCUGUUGAAGUGUCUAAUGACGAAUUUGGACAUGUUAUAGAAAUUUACAACUUUCCAUCCGACUUCAAGACAAGUGAUCUUGCAACUGUAUUCAGUCCUUUCAAGAAUGGAGGCUUUGAACUCAAGUGGGUCGAUGACACUCACUGUCUUGGUGUAUUUAGCAGUCCGCUUGUUGCUGCCGAAGUACUGGCGUCAGAUCACGCGUUUGUCAAAACACGUCCGCUGAGUGAGGCAACGGCAUUGAGUAGAACAAAAGCUAAAAGAAGCGCUGAAUUUUUACAGCCAUACAGAAGUAGACCUGAAACAUGUGCCGCGCUCGCGAGACGUCUUGUUACUGGAGCUCUCGGCGUUAGAUUGGCAACCGCUAGACAAGAAAGAGAACACGAGAAAGUUGUAUUGCGUGAAGCUAAGGAACGACGAAGAUUAGCCAAUAAACAGCGUGAAGAUGCUUGGGAAGGUAUAAUCGCCCAAAAAUGAUGGACAUAAAUUAAUUAAAAAUUUAAUUAACUAUUAAAUUUCACACUUUUAUUAUUUAAAAUUUUUUUUUAUUAAUUAGAAAUAAUAAAAUAAAAUUUUUUUAAUCAUCUGACGAAUAUUUUGAUGAACAAAAUUAUUAAAACGAAUUUUAAAAAUAUAUAUCACAGUAAUUAUGAUUAUAAUUAAUGACUAAAUAAUUAAAAGUGUGAAAUUUAAAUAUCAAUUGUACUAUUUUUGUACACAUGUGCCUUACUCAUCUUAAUUAACUUAGUAAUUAAGUAUUACACGGCGGAUUAUUUUUU